GGUACACGCGGCAGUAUUACCCAUUCUGGUUGUCCACCUACCGUUCAUUGGACUUGUACUGAAAUGGUCAGCAGUUGGGGGUGCUCUAACGGUGCUCUGCUUGGUUUUUGCAGGCUGCUGAGUUGGGAGAAUUUACUGCCAAAAUUGCCCUGCUGGAGGAUGCCAAGAGGAAAAAGGAAGAGGAGGCAACAGAAUGGCAACAUAAAGCAUUGUCUGCUCAGGAAGACUUGGAAAAAACUAAAGAGGAGCUGAAGUCUGUGAUGUCAGCUACAGCAGGUGGUGCAUCAGAGAACGAACAUGACGAGCAUGACGAGAGCAGUGCAGAAGCCAGUGCUGAGCUCUCUAAUGAUGGAGUUGCUCACCAGCGAAGUGAGGAAGAACGGCUCACAGAGACCCAGAAAAACGAACGUGUCAAAAAACAGCUACAGGCCUUGAGUUCAGAACUGGCCCAGGCCCGUGACGAUUCCAAGAAGACCCAAAAUGAUGUUUUGCAUGCAGAGAAUGUGAAGGCCGGCAGGGAUAAAUACAAGACCCUACGCCAGAUCCGCCAGGGCAACACCAAGCAGCGUAUUGAUGAAUUUGAAUCCAUGUGAUGGCUGUUCAUCCUCUUUGAUAGCCCCACUUUCCACCCUGUAGCCCUGAUGCCUUCAUGGCUGACUUACAAGCACAGCUUUUACCUGCCCAUACUUCUCCUCUAGACCAAUGAUCCUUGACCUUUGACCCCCUUCAGAGAGCUUGAGGGACAUGGCUGCCCUUCCCUCAAGCUUUGCCAAAGCUCUCUCCACCUGUGAACAGCCCAUCAGGCUGUUUCCACAUAUUAAGCUCCUUAUAGCUCUACUCCAGAAUCGCCCUGUUAGGAGCAAGUGGUACAUCGCACUGAACUCUUGAAUGAUGAUUUUGAUUUACUAAAUGCUUGGAAAUGUGUAUUUUAGAAGAGCCUAAGAUGAGUUUAAGCAAAAUUUGUUUUUAUGAAAUGGCCAUUUGUUUGUUUGGAAUUUUUUUUGUGUGUGUGCAACUUAACCCUUGUGCGUUGUUGGGGACGUUUUUGUCCACUAGGGGGUAAAGUUGAGUCUUAUUUUGG